AUGGCCCUGCUCGCGGAGCACGCCCUGCUGUACGCGCUGCGGUCGCCGACGACACCGCUCGCAGACAAGGUCGCCUCCGCCUCGUCCGCACUCGACGCACAGCCAGGCAACGUCUCGCUCGCGGCGACGGUCAGGGACUGGGCGGUCGAUGCGCUGCUGAGGGCUACGAGGCAGCAGGCGUCGGUUGCGGGCACGGCGGCGAUACUGGACGCAGAUUUGUGGGAGUUGGCCGCGCGGACGACGGAAGCGACCCUCUCGACUUCGCCCGUAGCGGCGUCUACCCUGCCCAUCUUUGUCGCAUUCGUCACGCAGUACUCUCAGGCGGCGUCGGACGUCCAGCUACUGAGAAGCGCGGCCUCGGUGUGGUCGAGGUUGGCGGCGAACGCAUUGCGGAAGGCGACGGCGGAUGCCUCGCUCGACGCCUACGAGAAGCUGCUCGAGGCGAGCUUGCGGGUAUUCUCGAGGGAAGAGGGGGCCGGAACGGUCGACGAGCGGGAGGUCUGGACGGAACUCGCGGUCAACUGGCUCAAGCCGUUCCGUUCGGUCGCUCUCGAGGCUGGAAAGGGCGGGAAGAAGAUCCCGAGCCACACCCUCAGCCUCCUCCCGACGCUCCUCCCGCUUCUCUCUCGCCUCUCACCGACCUCGCCGCUUCGAACCUCCCUCCUGCAGACUCUCCAGCUCGCCAUCUUCAACCUCGAGAACCUGCGACGCGGUCUCGCGCGCGACUCGUACACGGCGGGCGGCGCAUCAACCUCUUCCCAACCCGCACCCUCGACCGCCGACUCUGAACUCCUCGCCGCUCUCGCCUCCCUCCCUUCCACCGGCACGGCAGCAGCCUACGAUGCUAUCCCCUCACUCACCCAGAUCUACUUUUCUGCGGUCGCCACUCACGCCGAGACGCUCUUCCCUCUCCCCGCCAAGGCGACUUUCGCAACGCCGAGCGCGCAGAAGAGCGCUCGCGAAGUUCUCGGACUGACGAAGCGCCGCGAGAUGGCAGGACGCUGGAUUCGCGGAGUCAUCGACUACCUCUCGUGGCCGAAGGAGGCAAAUGCGAUGGAGACGGACGAGGUAGGACUCGAGGAGGUCAAGUCGGCGGCACUUGCGGGCUCGCUCGCGGUUGUCGAGCAGAACGACUUGCACAGGCCGGGUCAGGCGGGGGAGAGCUGGGACAAGGUCCUUCCAGACAUCGUUUCGGGCGCCGUCUCGCGACUGGAAGGCAGCGUCAACUCUGCAAACCGUGAGGCGACCUUCACCAUUCUUAGGACGAUUUCUAACCUUGACCACGACGUCCUCGAGCCCGCUCUUCCUCGCAUCCUCGCCGUUCUCGCUGGCACGCCCGACCUCUCCACUCUUCCGACUCCCGAGCUCGACGCCUUCCUCCGUCACCUCAUCGAGCACCACUCCCGCUCCGUCACUCUGCCGACACUCCUCACUCGCAUCGCGGACGCCCUCGCCUCCGCAGCUUCGUCGACCUCGAACGACAGCGUCCUCACCUCGCACACCUUCCUCAGCCAGCUCGGUACGGCCGUCGCCGGCAUCGUAGGUGGACCAAACGCCGUCCGUGCAGCGUGGCAGACCCUCGUCGACCCAGUGCUCGAUGCACUCCAACCAAGCGCGACGACCGAAGCGGCGGAUGCGACGGACGCGCCCAGCCCAGCAAAGAAGCGCAAGCUUUCCUCCGCCCCGCCCUCUUCGGUUCUUCCCGCCGCCUCUCGCCUCCGAGUCGCCGACGUUCUCAUCCGCCACGCUCCCGUCUCGUCGCUUUCCGUCCUCGUCGAGCCGCUGCGAGUCUUCGUCGACGAGGUCAUCGACUCGCAUCUCAAAGACUUUGCGAAGGCUAGUCUCGCCAGCUCGGCUGCCGAAGAGGUCGACGAGGAGUCCGAGACACCACGGAAGAAGGCGAAGAAGAGCAGUCGGCGGAAGUCGGGCGCAGCUCUCGCGGUCGACGCAGGACAGGUGGACCCGGCGACGAGGCUCGGUGUCGAGCUUUUCCAGCUGCUAUACACGGCUGUCUCACGCCUAUCGAGCGAAGGGCUGCUUUCGAUGGCGGAAGGCGCGGAGGAGACGUCGCGGUGGUGGGAGUUGCGGGCGAAGCGGCGGGAGUUGCUGCGCGAGGUUGUCGAGAAGGGCGUCCCCGAAGCGGCUGUCGUCUCGACCAAGGUACUUUUGCAGCAGCUCGAGCUACGCACCGACCUCGACGACGCAGAGGCUGCCGGCAUCGUUCAAGCCGUCUUGAGUCGCGUUGAGGACCAAGCCGCGUCCGAAGAAACGUCGUGGUCAGGCCGUUUGAGGGGUUUGCGAGCUGCAGAAGCCGGCAUUGCGACAUGGGAGCUGUUGUCGCGCAGGUGGCUGCCGUUGAUCAACAAUGUCGCCUCGGAGGACCAGCUUCGCCAAGUCGCCUCGAUCACCCUCUCCUCUCUUCGCCGCACGAGUCCAGCCGGCUCAGAAUGGUCUUUGAGCGCAAUAACGGCACGACUGCUUCGACGGGCCGACUUCUGGGAACUACCGCGCGUGCAAGCUUGCCUUCUGCCUGCCCUCCGCGAUCUCGUCUCGCUCCCCUCGCUGUCAUCCCCGACGGCGGUGCUCGCCGCCAUGGCUACGCCAACCGAUAAGGCGUCGAAAGCCCUGCGAUCUCUCGCACAGGCAACUCUCCUCGAAACCGUCGACGUCUUCGCUGCCAUCUCGACCUGCAUUCCCGUCGAGUAUCUCAACAAGGAAACCCGACGUCAACUGGCCGAUUGUGCACUUGCGCUGGACUUGUGGGUGACGUCGGGCGAAGUGGCGGUUCUCGUCGAGGCGAAGGAGCGGGCGCAGCACGUCCUGCGGUCGUUCGUUGCUUCCUUGGGCGUGCAAGCGAACAUCUCGUCGGACGUCACGCAGCGUCUCCUCCACGCAACGCUUCCCGCCGCACUCGAUGAGACUCUCGUCUUCUACCGGACAUUAGUCGUCGAGCCUGCCCUCGCUACCCUCAAGCAGAACCAGCACUCGGGCGAGCUCCAGUCCAUCCUGGACUCGUUCGGUGGCCUCUCGGUGGGCGCAACCACUUCCGCUGCUGGACCGAGGGAGGAGGCGUUCUUCGCUCUGCUCGACUCCCUUGUGACCGCCAUCCCGGACGCAACAACCCUGCCCGCAGAGCUGCGCAACAGCAUCGUCCGCCUCGUCGACCAAGCCAAGCGGCAGCUCGACGAGUCCCUCCCGGCCGCCUCGUCUGUCUUCGGUCAGAAGAGCGCGACGAGCCUGGCGGGCCUCCUCGUGGCGUACCGCUCGCUCUGGGCUGCGCAGCAUUGGCUGAGGAACGGUGAAGAACGGACCGAAAUCGCGACCGAGUUCGUUCACGCUGCGGCUGCAUCCGUCGUGUCACUCGCUGCGUCGGCGUCUGCUGAGCGACCGCCUCUGCGCAUCGUCACGGCCACCCUUCGCCUCCUUGCCCUGCAUGCCGAGGUCUUGCGCUCAUCCGCCUCACCUGGCAAGGUCGACACGCGGCCUUUCGAGAUGCUUCUCGCUUGCCACCUCGUACUGCGCCAAACUGUCGACGAUGCCGAUGCUGCCGACCUCGAUGCUGAAUGCGCCGCAGCGACUGCCUCCACGACCGUCGAAGAGUACUCUGCUGCUCUGCAAGCUGUGGCCGAGGCUCUUGCGACCGACGCGGGCCCAUCCUUCGAGCACACGAUGCAGGUCGCCAAGAUACUUCUCCUUGCCGGUCCCGAAGGCUCAAGCCGAGUCGCGGCCAGCUCGUUGUCCGACAUCCUGCGACAGCUGCUCCUACUUGUCGAGCGCAAGACUGUCGACGGGAGCGGCAGCCUCGAGCUGUUCCUUCCAGUCGCUUCCUUCGUUGAGAGCAUCUGUGGCGAGCGGCCUCUCCUCCUUUCUCGCCUGAACACUAGUUCAGUGCUCUCGCUCGCCUCGCUCAUUCUGCGACCGUCACCAAAGUCGCCAAGCACCGGGGAACGGUCGUCGCCCGCUUCGACCGUCUCGGAGGUCUUCCUCACCCUCGCGACGUCGGUCGGCCACAUCGUCCGACACCGCAAGGACCACCUCGUCACCCUGUUCCCCUCCCUCAUCUCGGUCCUCUCCGCUUUCCUCUCGACUCUCAGGCGUGCCGGAGCUGGGACCCUCGGCUCGGUGCUCGAAGGCGAGGACGAGACCGCAUCGGUCGUCGUCGGUCACCGUGCCGAGCGUGAAGCCAAAGCGACUUUCCCCGCCUGGAUCUGGGAAGGAGGUCGCGACGCAAUCGGGCGGAAUGAAGCACGAGCAGUAGGACGACUACUCGGCUCGCUCACGGCCAAGACAACGACCACGACCGCCUCGAAGCGCAAGUCGGCCAUCUCGACAGGCCAAGCGGUCGACGCUUCGGCCAACACCUCUCUCGCCGCCCCUCUUUCGAAGCACGCGCCGUUCCUUCUCCUCGAUUACCUGCGCGCCUGCGUCCAUCCGACCUGCCCGAUCCCUUCGGCUCUUCGCGCCGAGUUGCAGGGUGGAUGGUCCGAAAUCCUCGAUGCGAUGGGCAAGUGGGAGCGCGAGGCGCUGAUGAAGGGUCUGCUGAGCGAGGACGAGGAGGCUGAGCGUGGAGUCUUGCGGAACUUGUGGAAGAGCUGGGAGAAGGAGCGCAUCGCUUCGGUGGCGACAAGAACAUCUCACCAGAUUGUGGCUCAGCUUUCCGCCGACAGGAGCUUGCGACCGUCCGCGGACCUUGCCGGAUCACUCACGCCUCCUCGUUCGCUCCUUCGCCCCUCAACUCGCUCAUCUGCUGCACUCACGACUGGCUAUUGCAUGCUCGAGGCGUCCUUCCACCCCUCUCGACAACGCUGCACCGGCCUUCACGCUUCGCAUGAGCGCGAGCUGGCUCAGCGACGACACCCGGGACGUCUUGCUGUGCUGCUUCGCCCCGCCUGUUAUCGUCAAGCGCAAGAGGGGCGUCCAUUUGGACUUUUGGCUCUCGCUAGAACUCACUCUCUUCGGAUGGCUACCAGGCGUGAUGUUUGCGAUCUACAUCCUGUUCGCCGACGAAGAUCCGCCUCCGAGAAGGGCGAAUACGACGUCGCAGGACGACACUCGCCUGGCACAGAGCGAAGAAGACGGUCAAGAUGA